AUGGGCCUCAAGUACCUCACCUGCGCCGCGGCCAUCGUCGCGGUCGCGAUCCAUCCUUGGCUGGCAACGGUCGCCUCAAAGGUCGACGUCGUGGCCAACAUCACAGCACUGACUGGUGGUGAAGUCGAAUCCGAUUGGACAAACAUCUUUUAUUCGACAGAGAAGCCGCUGCUGCUGGGAAACGAUGGAGGAGCCGCCACGGGAGGGUUUCACGCGUGGGACUUGAACGGCGACACUCCGCUGUCCGAGGUGAAGUCCAUGACCACUGGCCGAACAAAGCUCAUCACAACGGUCUAUAACGUCACGGGGAAAGAUUAUGCGCUUACGAUUGCGAUGCCGGACUCGAUCAUUCGGCUCUACGAGAUGCCGGGAUUUACGGAAAUUGAAUCAGCGCAGGUGACGAUGCUCGGGGAUUGGUCUGCGAUUUGCUCGUGGCGCACCAAGAGUUUGAACAAUUACGUCUAUCUUUUUGGCAAGAGCUUGGCGGUGCAGUAUCUAGUUCGCCCAGUCAAAAACUCGAUUGAACUGGUGGAGGUCCAAAGCAUCCCAGUUCCGACUGAGUUCUCUGGCUGUGCUGUGGUGCAAUCCCAGGCUAAGAUGGUUGUCAGUGCCGACGACGACAAGGAUGUCUACAUGUUCGAUCUCAAAGAAUCGACUAUUGCCCCAGAAAUCACCAAUCUCGGCGAGGCUGCUGAAGACGUGACGGGGGUUGCAACAUAUGCUUCGAAUUCUACAGGAACGGAAUACCUGUUCGUUGCCCAAGAAAGUAGCGUUGCUGUCUACAAGUAUCCCUUUGAUCUUCUCGGCAACGUCAAAUUGACUGGUCUUGAAGACAUCGAGGUCCAAGGCCUCAGUAUCUACCAGGGGUCGACAUCAAAGUAUCCCAGCGGGGCUGUCGGCUUCGCCAUCGAGGCAGAUAGUGUUGCCGGGUUCGGGCUGGUGUCUCUGGAUGGUGCUCUCGAUAAACUCGGGAUAGAUGUCAACACCGCAUAUGACCCUCGGAAUCAAACUGGGUGCCGUAGCCGUUCCCCGAUUUGCGACGCCUGCUCAGGCAACGGCUACUGCCAGGAGAACGCACUCGGUUGCGGUUGCUUCGCUGGCUUCACCGGCGACAAGUGCGACGAAAUACAGUGCAUGAAGAAUUGCUCAGGGCAUGGCGAUUGUGUUGGGCCACAGCAGUGCAAAUGCGAGAACGGAUGGGGAGGCCUUUUCUGUUCUGCCGUCUUCGUCGAACCUUCCUAUGAGACUGAUCCAAACGGAGGCGACGGAGACGAUCCCGCCAUCUGGAUCUCGCCAGAAUCGCCCGAAAAUUCCCGCAUCAUUACUACGACCAAGUCUACAGAGGGCGCCGGCUUAGGCGUUUUCGACCUAAAGGGCAAGCUGCUGCAGACUCUGCCAGCGUCGGAGCCUAACAAUGUUGAUAUGAUUUACGGCUUCCAAGCUGGGGAUCGGACGGUUGACCUCGCUUUCGCUGCUUGCCGUGGCGACGACACACUUUGCCUUUUCGAGAUGACAUCAAACGGAACACUGAAAGAUAUCCCAGGCGGCAUCCAACCUGUGCCAGCAGACUACAAAGUCUACGGUUCCUGCGUCUACAAGUCCCCGAACAGCGGCAAGCAGUACCUCUUCGUCAACGAGAAGUCCGCUCGCUACUUGCAAUACGAGUUGACGUCCAACUCGAACGGGACUCUCCAGACCACCCUCGUCCGAGACUUCACGGGCGGGUCAGGCGGACAAGUCGAGGGCUGUGUGACGGACGAAGAGAACGGCUGGAUCUUCCUCGGCGAAGAGCCUUCCGCAUUGUGGCGUUAUGGUGCCGAGCCUGAGUCGUCGGAGGAUGAGGCCAUUCAGGUUACUUUCGUGGGCGAUGGCCAGACCUUUGCAGAUGUGGAGGGCGUCACACUCGUCUACGGCGUCAGGCCCGAUCAGGGGUACAUUCUCGUGUCGAACCAGGGUGUCAGUGCUUACAAUGUGUACACCCGGGCUGAUCCUCACUACUAUGUCACGACUUUCACAAUCACCAAGUCGUCGGAUGGACAGAUUGAUGCUGUUUCGAAUACCGACGGCAUCACUGCGGUCGGAACUCAUCUCGGAAAGGACUUCCCUCACGGAUUGUUUGUUACCCACGAUGACGCGAACCAACUGCCUGACGGUAGUACCAGUACCCAAGCUAGCUUUAAGCUGGUGAGCCUGGAGAAGAUUCUUGGAUCAGACGUGCUAAAGACAAGGAACCUCCUCGAUGACGUCGAUGCUAACUGGGACCCGAGGAAAUGA